CUACGGUGCAAGUAAUGCGCCGGGAAGAUGGUAUGCGCUGCCGGCAGUAAGAUGUACGCUGACCACUGCUGGCUCCUGUGUUCGGCAAAGCAUUACCUGCCCCUGGUUCCGGACGAACCGAGUGUAACGGAGUACUGGUCCCGGUGUACUGCAAGCGUAACGUUAUGAAGUCCUGGGGACGCAAUUCGACCGAACGUACCAAAGCGUUGCUAACCAGUGCAAGGGGACCAGGUAGUGUGAGGGUGGGACUGGUGGGGCUAGAGUGUAGCACAUUCGUUGUGGUGAUAGUUGUGCUCGGGUGUUUGGUAGUGUCGGCCGUCGGAGAUGUUUUUACCGUUGGCUAUCUGACAGGAUCGCAGCGACGGCCGGGUGAUCGCGUUUACGCACGACCGGGAUUACAAAUUUCCGGUGCCAUAACCCUAGCCAUGACCGAGGUGAACGACCGGUACUUUAGCAAGCACGGACACGAGCUGCAGUUCGAGGUGGCAGAAACGUACGGCGAGGAGGUAACGAGCAUCCGCAAGACGGCUGACCUCUGGACGAAGGACGUGAUCGGAUACCUUGGACCGCAGGAAACCUGCGUACACGAGGGCCGUAUGGCGGCCGCCUUUAAUCUGCCAAUGAUUUCCUACUUUUGUACGCACAAUGAAACGUCCAACAAGAAACACUUUCCAACGUUCGCACGAACCCGACCGCCGGAUCUACAAAUUUCCAAAUCGGUCGUUUCGCUACUCCUCGCCUACAACUGGACCCAGGUUAGUUUUUUGUAUCGUGCUUCAGACAACGGUGAGUUCGAUGCGGUUGCCGAAACGCUCAAGACGACACUCCGGACAGCGAGCAUCCGGAUACGGUCCGUCGCAACCUGGACCGACAUCUAUCACCACGGGUAUUCGAGCAAUCCGUUCGAGCGACUAGUGGAGGAUACGUACGUGGACACGCGAAUUUAUCUCGUGCUUGGAUACCACUACGAACACAUCGGGCUGCUGGUAAGCCUAUGGCGGCGCGGUUUACUCGACCGGGGCGAAUAUUUUGUCGUUGGGGUCGACAUCGAACAGUACGACGCGGCACUGCCGAUGAAGUACAUGCACGGGCUGCUGCAGACGACGCCCGACACGGAUGUGGUCGAAGCGUUCCGGCACUAUCUGGCCAUCGUACCGUCGGCGCCGGUACGGUUCGAAGAGUUUGCGGUUAAGGUUAACAAAUAUUUGGAGCUGCCACCGUUCAACUACCGGAACGCGUUGAUCUUCUUUGGAGGCGUAAAGCAGAUAAGGGCGGAAGCUGCCUAUCUGUACGAUGCGGUUCAUCUGUAUGCAAAUGCACUGAUGCAGGUACUGCUGGCGGGCGGAAGUCCGAAAAAUGGUACCGCCAUAAUCGAAGCGAUUAAGGGACGCGCUUACAUGAGUGCGAUGGGCUAUCUGGUGCACAUCGACGAGAAUGGUGACGCGACCGGAAACUAUACCAUUCUCGCCCGGAAACCUGUCCCGAGUACGGCCGCCGGCAACCAGUACGGAUUGUUUCCGAUCGGGCGGUUCAGCUCACCGACCGUGGCUCGCAUACCGGAGAUUCGCCUGUUUGAUACGAUCGAUUGGGUCGGAUCCGGUCCGCCGGUCGCCGAGCCGCGGUGCGGCUUUCGUGGUGAAAAGUGUAUCAGUUACACGGGCGAGAUAACGGGUGGUAUUGCUGGGGGUGCACUGUUGCUGCUGGGUGUCGUCUCGCUCGUCCUGUACCGGAACUGGCGCUACGAACAGGAGCUCGACAGCCUGCUGUGGAAGGUGGACUUUCGCGAAAUUCAGAUGCACGAAAAUGAGAAGGAAACGGCCGGACAGAAAAUGACACGGACCACUCACCCACUUAUACGAACGAGUCAGGUUAGCUUAAGCUCAAACCCGGACCUAGACUUCCGGUACUCCACCAUCUUCACGCCGAUCGGUCUGUACAAGGGUCAGCUGUACGCGAUCAAGAAGGUGAAAAAGAAAAGCAUCGACAUUACGCGCGAGAUGAAGAAGGAGCUCAAGCUGCUGCGCGAUAUGCGGCACGAUAAUUUGAACGCAUUUAUCGGCGCGUGUACCGAUCCGCCGAAUAUUUGCAUCAUAACGGACUACUGCAACCGUGGCAGUUUGAAGGAUGUGCUGGAAAAUGAUGACGUUAAGCUGGACAACAUGUUUACGGCAUCGAUGGUGGCGGACAUACUGCGCGGCAUGAUAUAUCUGCACGAGUCGCCGCUUCGAUUUCACGGCUCGCUGCGCACGUCGAACUGUUUGAUCGAUUCCCGCUGGGUGGUAAAGCUGAGCGACUUUGGACUGUUUGCGUUCAAGCAGGGCUCGGAGGACGUGCCGGAUGAGAAGGAAAAGCUGGAGGAAAAAUGUCAAAAAUUGCUCUACCGAGCCCCUGAACUACUGCGUGCCGGCCCAACCGCAACCGUACCGGGUACACCGAAAGGUGACGUCUAUUCGUUCGGCAUCGUACUCUACGAAAUCUUUACCCGCCGCGGUCCGUUCGGCGAAAUCGAAUGCACACCUAUGGAGUGUCUCAAGCGCGUACUGAACCCACUCGAUCCAAACACACCCUUCCGGCCGGCAAUCCAACCGCUCGAAACAUCGUUCGACUGUGUGCGUGAGUGUUUGAAGGAAUGUUGGACCGAGCGGCCCGAAGAUCGGCCCGACUUUAAGGCGAUCCGCAACAAACUGCGCGUCCUGCGGAAAGGUAUGCGCCCGAACAUCUUCGACAACAUGAUGGCGAUGAUGGAGAAGUACGCCAACAAUCUCGAGCAGCUGGUCGACGAGCGUACGGAUCAGCUGCAGGAAGAGAAGAAGAAAACGGAGGCGCUCCUGCUGGAGAUGUUGCCCAGACCGGUGGCGGAGCAGCUGAAGCGUGGCCAUAAGGUAGAGGCGGAAAGUUACGAUCUCGUGACGAUUUACUUUAGCGAUAUCGUUGGCUUUACUUCGAUGUCCGCCGAAAGUACACCGCUGCAGGUGGUCGACUUUCUGAACGAUCUGUACACCUGCUUCGAUUCGAUCAUAGGGCACUACGAUGUGUACAAGGUGGAAACGAUCGGGGAUGCGUACAUGGUCGUGUCGGGGCUGCCGAUACGGAACGGACUCAUACACGCGGCCGAGAUUGCUUCAAUGUCGCUGCAGCUGUUGGAAGCGGUCGCCGAGUUUAAGAUACGCCAUCGACCGAACGAUCGGCUGUUCCUUCGGAUCGGUAUCCAUUCCGGGCCGGUAUGUGCCGGUGUCGUUGGGCUGAAGAUGCCCCGGUACUGUCUGUUCGGCGAUACGGUAAAUACCGCGUCCCGCAUGGAAUCGACCGGACAGCCGCUCAAGAUCCACUGCAGCUUACAGACCAAAGAGAUCCUCGAUUCGCUCGGUGGAUAUCAGUUCCAGGAGCGGGGCCUGGUACCGAUGAAGGGAAAGGGCGACCAGCGAACGUUCUGGUUGGUGGGCGAGGAUCCAGAUGCACGGGCCCGCCGCACCAAAGAACGUACCGAGCGGCGUGGCUCGCGUGCGCUCAACAAGUAUCUCGGCAUGCUGAAGAGCGUCACCAAUCUGCCCGGGGUGCGCAGUUCGCUCAAGAGCCGUGCGUUGGGUUUGCCGCGCGGUUCGCUGCCCCGCUCGUCUAGUCUGGAGUCACCGAAAAGACUGAGAUUUGCCAGUGGAGCCAUGCUCGAGCAACAUCGGUACCAUCGAUACAGUGAUGAUGCAUUGAUGGAAGUCAUCUCGGACAGUAGCAUCCGUCGAUCGGAUUACAGCAUUUCGGACGGUACGGAAGACAUUACUGCUUCGUGUCCGUGCAUCGAGCAUCUCGGGAUGAGCCAAUCGGCGGAACCGGCCAAUUUCCUGCUAACCAACUGCCCAACAGUAACGACACCCCUGCUCAAUAACAGUAUCGCCACCUAGAAGACAAAGAAAAUGAGAG